AUGAGUAAAACUGAACGUCUUCCUCUGCACCAUAGCGGGUUAGAAGAUACGCCAAGUGAAGACAACGGUUCCUCGCAAGACGAAGAGUGCCCUACUGCAGCAGACACUGUGGAAGAAGAGUGCAGGGGUGUGUCUACAAGCGACAGUUCAGAGCCUAAAGACGCUGUUGAGGACUUGGAAAGUUCAGCAGAGAGCGAAGGGCGCUGCAGGUCAAGCGGUGAAAGCGUCACCGAAGGAUAUGACGAUUCUACAGAAGGUGACAGUACUAGCGACGAAAUCGUCACUGGAGAAUCUCGCAGCAUGGACAGCGAAGGAUAUGGUAGUUCGGAGGGUGAAAGCGACGGUGAGGGAACUUUCCUCAGUGACAGCGAUUGUUCGACAUGCGAUGAAUCUGAUAGUCUUGACGACGAAAGCGCGGCAGAACUAUCCGGUUACUCAACAGAGGGUGAAGAGUCUCAACGUUCGCACUGUGAAAGCGAGUCCGAAGUAGGUGAUUGCUCUGAAAGCGUAGGAUCCAGUAGUUCGGACAGCGAAUGCGCUGCAGACGGGUCUGGCUAUUCAGCGGGAGACGAAGAAUCCGGUAGCCUACGUAGUGAUAGCGACACCGAAGGAUCUGGCGAUUCCUCGGAAAGUGGAAGAUCUGGUGAACCUACAGGAAGUGAAGGAUUUGAUAGCGCCGACGGGGAGAGGGACACCGAGGAAUCGGGUGAUUCAGUGGAAAGUGAAGGAUAUGGUAGUUCAGAAUGUGAAAGCCCUGGCGAAGGAUCCAGCAUUUCUCAAGUGAGUGAAGCAUCUGGUAGCACAGAGAGCGAAGGCGCUGACCAGUGA